GCUAUAGCAACAAAAAACGAAAUCAGUAUAAAUAAAGCGUUCGGUACAUGAUGCGCUGAUGGUUUUGAGUGAAUUGUGUCUGAUCCGUGAACAUAUUUCAGCUGAUUUGUUAUUUGGGACUGUCAUUGACGGUAUAUAAGACGCGAGUUCAGACCAUCCCGAUCCCAUUCCGUACGAAAUGUUGAUGAAAUUCAGUUUUUUGAUAAUUCUAAACAGUUUGUUCGCCAAUGGAGCAAAUAUUCUAUUUCUUGCCACCAUUCGGUCACCGAGUCAUCACUUUUGGAAUAACGCAAUGGUCACAGAGUUGGCACAACGAGGUCAUAAUAUAACUGUGAUCUCACUAGCCAAGGAUAAAAAUCCACCUCCAGGCGUUCAUCAUAUUCUAAUCGAAAACUAUGACGAGGACAACAGUGAAUCAGUCAAGGAAAUUGUCGCAUCCGCAAGUCGAGAAAGUUUCUGGUCUGAGUUACUUCUCUUACAGCAUCAUGCCACUGAGUACUGCGAAAGUGCAACCGAUACGAAUGGUUUCAGAACACUCCUGAAUUAUCCGGAUGAUUUCAAAGUGGAUCUCAUCAUUCACGAUUACACCGGUGGGCCAUGCUUUCUGCCAUUCGUUCAUAAAUUCAAAUAUCCGCCAUUGAUUGGUGUUACAACUUAUAGCCAUCCGUCGUUUACGAACCAAGUUAUUGGCGGCCAUCAAUAUUACGGUUACAUACCAAUCCAUGCACUAUUCUACGAUGACAAUAUGAACUUUUGGCAACGCUUGCAGAAUUUUGCCCUGCACAUGGUGGAAUAUGGCUACAGACAGCGAAUAGUUUUACCGACUGUUAACGACAUUGUCAGAAAGCGUUUUGGUGCUGACAUUCCGCCUGUCGAAGACAUUGAACGGAAAACUGCACUCGUUUUCGUAAACACCAAUCCGACGAUGGAUUUUGGGGCACCGCUACCGGAAAACGUCAUUCCCGUCGGUGGGCUACACAUUAAAGACCCGAAAUCAAUACCAAAGGAACUGAAAACAUUUAUCGAUUCAUCGAAGAAGGGAGUCGUUUUAUUCUCUCUUGGAACGAAUUUUCUCAGUUCCUAUAUGCCCAAAUCAACGCAACAAUUGUUCCUCGAUGUUUUCAACGAGCUACCCAACUACCAUUUUCUAUGGAAAUUCGAAACCAAUAUGUCGUCAGCUGAACUACCGAAGAAUGUUCAAAUCCACUCCUGGUUGCCAAUAUCGGAUCUUUUAGUUGAUUCGCACGUCAAGGCCAUUUACUUCCAUGGUGGACUAUUGACCACACAGGAAACAAUUUGGAGAGGAGUGCCAUCUGUUAUUAUGCCAUUUGGUUUGGAUCAGAAUCAAAAUUUGAUUAAACUGAAGCGUCUUGGCAUGGCCGAGGGUGUAGAUUAUUAUCAUUCGUUGAAUCGACAAAACGUAAAGAAUGCAUUGCUCAAGGUACUCGAGGAUCCGUCGUACCGAGAAAAUGCCCAGAAAUGGUCAGCACUGUUCAGAGAUCAAAAAGAAAAGCCUCUUGACAGGGCCGUUUGGUGGAUCGAGUGGGCUGUACGUAAUCCGAACAGUGAGCAUUUGACAUCUCCUGUACAUCGGCUCGGCUUUUUCGUUGCAAAUGCAUACGAUAUUAUCGCUGUGAUUACGUUGUGCAUCACAGUUUGCUUAUUUGUUUUGAUCAAGUGCAUUUGUACCUGCACUGGCAGAGGUGGCAGACGAGGAAAUCAUGAAAAACGGUCUGCUAGUCACAAGAAGCGACAGUGAACUUUUUUACAUUUUCUCUGAUAAUCUGAUAACUGGAGAAAUGAAUAAAAUUCUUCGAAAAUAAA